UCUGAUGUGAAAUCCUGGACCAGAGUGAGGAGUUGUAAUGACAGCACAGUGAGCUCUGUGGUCACAUUAACACCUGUGUACAGUCAGUGAUGUGUCAGUGAUGUGCAGCAACAGACAGGAUGCAGUCCUCCAUCUCUAUGCUAACCGUGUGCUGCCUGUUGCUCCUCGGCUCCUCCUCCUCUCCCCUUUAAAACCUCCCACUGUGCGGAAAACCACACGGCAGCCCGAGCCGAGCCGUCGAUCAAUUAUCUGUGGGCCGUGGGGGCCGACGGGAGGUCUGAGGACCUGUUAGAAACCACGUGGGCCUCGUCUGAUCCGGCAGCUCGUCCUGGUUUGGCCUCGGCUGCAUCGGAGCGCCACUUCUCCCCAGGUUCACCAGAGGAAACACCACUGCACAAAAUGCUUUUCCUCCCAGCUGCUGCUCUGUGCUGUCUGUGUUCAGCGCUGGCUGCCAUGGCAGCACAGCUGACUCAGGACCAGUUAUCACUGACCAGGAGAGUCGGAAAAAGCGUCUCCUUCAGCUGUGAAGGAACUGGCCAGUGUUACAAUGAUUAUGUGUUCUGGUAUCAGAAGAAAGACACAGAAACAUUCAGGAGGAUUCUCCGUCUUAGCAGGAGUGGUUGUAGCAUAGAGCACAGGUUCGAUCAUCCUCAGAAAAAUGAUUUCUCAGUUGUGAGAGAACAGAACGGCUGUGAGUUGAAGAUCCAGACAGUUAAGCUCCUUCAUUCAGCCACCUACUACUGUGCCUGUUGGAAGAGUGGUGCCGGAUAUUGGUACUUGAUCUUUGGCUCUGGAACUAAACUGUAUGUAACAGAUGAGGAGGUAGUGAAGCCCGUGGUGAGCGUGUACCCAGCAGCCCACCUGGACAGGAAGGGCUCCCUGCUGUGUGUGGCCUCACACAUGUUUCCUCCUCGGGUCAAGAUCUCCUGGAAAAGACGACAGAAGAACGAGACUGUGGAGGAGUUCCUGUCUCAUGAGGGAGAGCAGCUGGAGCUCCCAGAGUCGGGACGCACCACCGCCGUCAGACUGGUUGACGAUCUGGACACAUAUAAAUACCGCUGCUACGUCGAGCACGAGGGGGGCACAGUGGAGGCCCAAACAGAACAAGAGCUUCCUGCUCCAGAAGCUUCCUGUCCUCCAGAGAGAGAGCCACCAGACCUGGCAGUUGUGCAGCAAGCUGAGUUGUCCUUCCAGUCUCAGUGCAGGGUGAAGCUGCUCUGUGUGCUCUACACAGUGCUGAUAGUGAAGAGUCUGGUGUACUGCUAUGGACUCUCUCUGCUGAUGAUCCUCAGAAACAAGGGACCGUCCACCAGCUGCACACAUGCUGACUGACUGUUUUCUGCUCACCUUUUCUCACCAUCAAAUCUCAACAAUUGAUCUCAUUCAACGUUUUGAUCAGCAGACACAAAUGUCAGUUUUCAUGUUUUGUGGUUGGUUGUAAAAUCUCUUUUUAUGGACAGUUCAGAAACUGUCAUCCUAACAAUAUAAAUACAUGUAUACACAUAUUGUUUGCAGUCAGUGAGUGUAAAUUCUGUGUAAUCGUGUUGUUUUCAUGCUGUAGUUUAGUUUGAAUUGUGACGUGUGUAAUAGUAUAAAAUAAAACUGAAUUGUUAUCUGACUGAUUAUAUUUUUCUGUUCUUGUGUUUCUUUUUAAUACAUUAUGCAGAGUGAGGCAGUUUUAUCCAAUUCUUUCAGUGUAACAAUCUCAAUAAAGUGAAAAAUCACAGCG